AUGAUUCCAAUGCGCUCGCUGCCCCUGGCCACCGCCGACGCCCUGGGUUCGGUGCUCACCCGCCAGACGGUGUACGUGUUCCCCCCGCUGGGACAGUUCGACCCGAACUGCGUGCGCCUGGUGACGCAGGGACGAGACCCGGCCACCGCGGUCGCCUGCCUGCUGGGCUUCUUCAAGCUCGUCUGCGCGGACGGAUACGAGCAGGUGGUUCGCGCUAGCGACGUCGACGGCGUCUGGCUGGACGAGGUGUACGUGAGCGGCGCCUUCGUGCGCCGCCAGCUUCGCGCCCUGCGCGCCGACUCCGAGCCCGCGGCCACCAUGGACGACUUCUACGUGCUCCUGAGCGUGCUGCUGUGCAACCUACCGCGCGUGCGUGGCUCCAACCUGAACCGCGACUGGUUCCAGAACCGGGUCAACGACCUGGUCGAGCUGUUCCCGGGAGUCUCGGAGCCGCCGCCCGUGCCGCUGUACGGCGAGGAGCAGGCGGACGCCAUCUCCAACUUUGGCGAGCAGUGGCCGAACACAAGGGCGGCGCUGUGCCACGCCCUGCUUAGGAGCCGCUUCGAGAACACGUAUGCGACUGCACUGGGGCGGCACUGUGCCAACAUCAUGCUCAAAGGUCCCUUCGAGAUGCGCCCGUUAUGA